AUGCAUUUUGUGUCUAACUCCAAGUUUUCUCUGGUGUGCUCACAGAUCCUGUACAACCAGCAGAGCGUGGAAGUGCAGGGAAACCUGAAGAGGAAGCUGAUCUCGCAGCUGCAGCCAGACACAGACUACUCCUUUGUGCUGACAAGCAGGGGCAACAUUGCUGGGGGUCUGCAGCAGCAGGUGUCCAUCCGCACUGCCCCUGACCUGAUCAAGACCAAACCCAACCCACUUCAGGCUGAGGGUGGCAAGAUGACCAUCAACCUGCCAAAGGUCCAGACCACCACACGUGUCAGGUGGUACUACAUCGUGGUAAUGCCUGUGUCCCCGUCAACGCGGCAGUGGGAGAAUCCAGACGAGAUGGACCUGGACGAGGUGAGUGCCAGCCGGUGGCUGAUUGGCUAA